AUGCUUUUAUUCUUUUGUUAUCGUUUUCGUUUUUUACUUUCUUGUUCGUUUUUAGUUUUAGUUUUCUUUUUCUUUUUCUUUUCCUUUUUGUUGUUUUUGUUUUUGUUUUUGUUUUUAUUUUAUUUUUUAUUUUUUUUAUUUUUUUUUUUUUUCUUCUUUUUCGUUAUUUCCGCAUCUCCAGUAGUUCUGGUCAACCGGAAAAAUAUUCCUCUUUUUAUUAUGAAUAACACAUUGACCAGAAAUAAACAUGACAAUACAAAUAUUAAUUUGUGUAGCGAAAAAUCGGUCGAAUAUUUGAGUAGGCCUGUUGUCAAGGAAGCGAAGAAAGACAAGGAGCUUAUCCAUAAUAGAAGUAAUGGUACAAUGCAUAAUAAGCUCGAGGUGGAAAAAAUUGAGUGUACGGGAGGUAAGGUAAAGGUAAAAGAGGAUGAGCAUAACGAUUACUUGUCACAUGGAGGAAAUGAGGGAGAACAAGUCGAUAUUAACCAAAAUGAUGAAUUCAAUUUAUCAGAUAUAGUAGUUAGUACAUGCAAAGUGGAAAAAAGCGAUAUGAAGGAGGUAUGCAAGGGGAGUUCAAAAAAGUGCGAAUAUUUAUAUAUGAGUGAACACUUAAGAAUUCGAAAUGAUAAACAAAUAUUUGUAAGUAAAUCUUUAAAUGAGUAUAUUAAUGAUCAUAUUAAUAUGAUAUGUUCAUGUGAUGAUACAUUAUUUCAAAAUCUAAAUGGUAUGGAGAAUACUUUAAUGGACUUGGGGUUAAAACUCAAAUUUUUGAGGCAUAGGGAACGUAUUAAAAGAAAGAGAAAAAAAGCUAGAAAGAAUAAAAGGUCUUCACCAUGCAGUAAAUCAAAUGGUCCGUUAAGAAAUGGCACUAUUACUAAUGGCGAAUUGCAAAUAAAUGGAAGUUUGUUAUGGAAAAGGGGAGAUAUAACCGAGUUUCCAUUAGAGGGCAUUGAAUCAUUGUCUUCUUCGCUUGAAGGGGAACUUGUACCGGAAUCCAAGUCUAUACAUGCUUCCAAUACUGAAUUACCGGAAAAGGCAGAAAUGGGGGAGAGAUCUAGAACCUGGUGCAACUUAGUCAAAUCAGGAGACGAUUCUGAUAGCAGCUUUUUAUUUUCGGACUCAUCAGAUAGCGAAGAAAAUAGUACUGACAGUUCUAAUACAUCAGAUGAAGAAAUAAUAGAACGUUUAGAAUUUGAUGAAGAAGAGUUGAGUAAUUUGAAAAAGCUCGAAAGAGCAAAAAAUGUUUAUUUUAGACAUAUAAAUGAAAUAUGUAUAAAAUAUAAUAUGAUGAGUCAUUUUAAUUUGAAAUUUUUUGAAAAAGUAAAAAGUAUUACAGAUAAGAAUAUUAAAAUGAAGCAUAAGAAUCUUAACGUUAUGAAAGACUUAAUGGAAGUAAUGAGAAACAUUUUUUCAAAUGAAGAUAUGGUAAAGAAAAUAGAAUUAAAACAAAAGAAAUUAAGAGCAGAUGUUAUAAAUUCCUUGUUUGGUUUUCACAUAAUUAGUGAUAACCAGCCAAUGAAAAUACCAAUAAAAUGCAUGAAUCGGUUAAGGUGUGAAAAUCAGCCAGCUGCUAACAUAUUUGCCUACAGAUCUUUGCAAAAUAGGAGGAGAGCCGAAACAGCCCUCGAUGAACUGUGGAGUGCUAGCGGUAUGGGUAGUGGCAAGGGAAGCGAUAUGGGCAGUGGAAAGGGAAGCGGUAUGGGCAGUGGAAAGGGAAGCGGUAUGGGCAGUGGAAAGGGAAGCGGUAUGGGUAGUGGUAAGGGAAGUGGUGUAAGCAGUGGUACAGUUAGUGGAAAAGGUGAGCAGAACCUCAAGUUAAGUGGUGAUAAAAACAAAUGCAGUGUGAGUUUCAAUGAAGACAUAAAUAAAAUAGAAAGUGUAACGAAGAACAGUCUAGAGAAGUAUAUAAAUAACAUCAAAAAGAGUUCAAAAAUUCAAAACAAAAUUAAUAAUUUAAAACAGUAUAUAUUAGUAACGAAUUGGAAUAGCUUAAGGAAGCACAGUAAUUACAUUAAUAUGGUAUAUGAAGAAAGGAUAGAACACAAAAAAGUAUUGGCGAACUUGUGUUAUAAUCAAAUGAAAGCUAUAGAACAAAAGAGAAAAAUAAUAGUAGAAAGAGAGGAAAAAGAACGAAUGAGAUUAUUAAAAGAAAAUAACAUGGAUGAAUAUAUUAAAUUGAUAAAAAAAACAAAAAAUAAGAGACUGCAAGAGUUGGUGGCUGUUACUGAGAAGUUCCUAAGUAACAUGACCUCCUCCAUGUUAUUGCAGAAAGGGGGGGGUAUUGUCGAAAAAAAGAUAAAUGGCAGCAUUAACGGUGAAAUCAUUAUUAGUGGCAGUUGUAGUAGUAACCUUAACGAUUGUAACAGUAGUGGUGGGAGUAGUGGUAGUGGUGGGAGUAACCAUAAUGGCAGUGGCUCUUCCGAUGGAAUGGGUAAAAGUGCAGGCAUAACAAAACGGGACGAGAAUGCGAACGAAUCGCAUAUGACAAAUUACAAAAAUACGAGAGAGGAAUACUAUAGGUUAUCCCACUCAGUUAAGGAAAAAGUAGUUCAACCAUCCAUUUUGGUAGGAGGAAAAUUAAUGCAAUAUCAGCUGGAGGGAUUAGAGUGGUUGGUAUCAUUGUAUAAUAACAAUCUUCAUGGCAUUUUGGCUGACGAAAUGGGACUGGGUAAAACGGUCCAGACGAUUAGUUUGUUUGCUUAUCUAAAGGAGUUCAAAUAUGGUGCUAAUACAGGAAGUGCAAUUAGAGGAAGCGAAGGAAGUGGCACUGGCAGUGCGACUUCCAGUACCAAUUUAAAGAGUAUCGUAAUUGUUCCACUAUCAACACUGCCCAAUUGGAUCAACGAGUUUAGUAUCUGGUGCCCAACGUUGAACGUAAUAACAUAUAUAGGUAACAAAAUACACAGAAGAAAUAUGGGUAAGCAUUUACUAGAAUGCGAAUUUGAUAUAUGUUUAACAACAUUCGAUUUUGUAAUAAAGGAAAAGACGGUACUCAUGAAAAUAGCUUGGAAUUAUAUAGUAGUUGAUGAAGGUCAUCGUAUGAAGAAUAAUAAAUCACGAUUUCAUAAAAUAUUAUCUGAGUUUAAAAGUAAACAUCGUGUAUUAUUAACAGGAACUCCAUUACAGAAUAAUUUAAGUGAGUUAUGGUCUCUUCUUAAUUUUCUUUUACCUAAAAUUUUUUGCUCAUGUGUAGAUUUUGAAAAAUGGUUUAUUGAGCCAUUACAUAAUGAAAAGGGUGUGUAUGAAACUAUUACAGAAGAAGAGCAGUUGUUAAUAAUUAAUAGGCUUCAUAGUGUGUUACUACCUUUUAUGCUUAGAAGAGUAAAAAAGGAUGUUUUAAAAUCGUUACCUAAGAAGUAUGAAUAUAAUGUACACAUCGAAUUAUCCUUGUAUCAGAAAAUUUUGUAUAAACAAAUAGAAACUAAAGGAUUUAAACAAGUUAAUCACAAUGGAUCUGUAACUACAAAGACUUUUCAAAAUAUUGUUAUGCAAUUAAGAAAAAUAGUUAACCAUCCUUAUUUAUUCUUAGAUGAUUAUAAUAUUGAUGAAAUGCUUAUCAAAUGUAGCGGUAAAUUUGAAGUCCUAGAUAGAAUGCUGCCCAAACUUGUGAAAUUCAAGCACAAGAUACUUAUCUUUUCACAGAUGACGAAGCUUAUGGACAUCUUAUGUGACUACUUGGACCUUAGGCAGUACAAGUACCACCGCCUGGACGGAAAUAUAGCUCUAAACGAGCGCAAGAAAAUUAUAGAGGCCUUCAACCGGGGGAACGACCAGAGUGGUCAGAACGGCAAAAGGGGGGGAAUCGAUAAUAAUGGCGGAAGCCAAGGAGAUGGUGAAAGUGGUGAUAGCGUCGAUAACGGAGGUAGAUGCCAACGUGAUAGAACUUUGGGGGAGAAACCGAGAGACGAGUUGGCGAAUGGAGGAAAUGAAGAUACGAUGAUCUUUAUCUUAUCAACGAGGUCAGGGAGCUUAGGGUUAAACCUACAAGCAGCAGAUACUGUUAUAAUUUUUGAUAGCGAUUUCAAUCCACACCAAGAUAUACAAGCCAUGUGUAGGUGCCAUAGGAUUGGACAGAAAAAUGUAGUGAAAGUAUUUCGAUUCAUUACAUUAUCAGAAGUAGAAGAAUUAGUUCUAAAAAAAGCACAGAACAAGUUGAAAAUGAAUGAUAAAGUUAUACAAGCAGGGUUAUAUAACAAUAUUUAUAAUGAUGAAGAUAGACAAAAUAAAUUAAAAAAUAUUUUUAAAAGAUAUCAACAGAAUGAUGCCACUACACAACCCACUAAUCCUAUAGUUUUAAACUAUUACAUGGGUAGGAAUGAAGAAGAAAUAGAUUAUUUCCUCCAUUUUGACAAAAAUUAUUUUGGGGAACACUACUUUUCCGUUUUAAACUCCCUCAGCAGGGAAGACCUAGGUAAGGGGCAAUUUACUUAUAUGAGUGAAGACGAAGAGGGGAAGGGGAGAGAAGUUAGCGAUGAGGGUGAUGUCGAGAUUGAAGUUGAUGUUGGCGAUGAGACUGACGUCGAGAUUGGAGUUGAUGUUAGCGUUGAAACAUCUAAGCACAUGAUGUGUGGUCAAAGGGGGAAGGAACAAAGGAAUAGUGUGAAGGAUGCUGAGCAUAGUGAGAAUCUGGCAAAGGGCUGUUUGAACAAAAAACAAGAUGAUUCUUUCUCAUCAGAUCUAGAACACGAAAAGAACGACGUAAAAAAUAUAAAAGCAGAAAGUGAACAACACAAUGUUACAAUGUCCAAUCAUUCAAGUAAUAAGUUAAAAAGGGGUCAACCGGGGGAACGUGAUGAAGUUACUGAUAAAAACAGUAUUAACAGUACAGGUAUAUGUGCUGAUAAUUGUAACAACAAAAGCACUUUAUCUUUCGGGGAUGUAAACGAUACGUCUCUUCAAGAAGGAGAAGAAAUGGAUCAUACUAUCCUCUACAAUACCGCUCACAAUGCUGCUCACAGUGCCUCUCACGAAGUGCAGGAUGACUUCUACAGCUUCAUCCUUAGGGAGGAAAAUCAAAAUGAAGUUGAGAGGGUCCUAAUUAAAACCAAUAAAUUAAUAAAUAAGGAGGAGUUACCUUCAUAUCUUUUUUAUGAUGAUACUGAUGAAUGUACCGAAAUAAAUUUUAAGAGACGACGAAAAGUUAUUAACGCAAAUUUAAUGGAAGAGGAAAAAUUGACAGAAAAUGAUUUUAUAAAAUUGAUUGAGAAUUCGUUUGCUGAAAAGAGUACGCAUGAGGAGAAAAGGACUCUUAACGAAUUGGGCGAACCGGAACAGUUUGUCACGGGGGAAGAAGAGGUUGGCAUUGAAGAGGUUGGCAUUGAAAAGGUUGGCAUUGAAGAGGUUGGCAUUGAAAAGGUUGGCAUUGAAGAGGUUGGCAUUGAAGAGGUUGGAAUAGGAGAAAUGGAUAACCCCAAAAAAAAGAUCUGCAUAGAUGGAAAAUCCUGCACAGACAAGAAGACAUGUGCAGAUGGUAAACCCCACAAUAGCGAGAACUCCACUCAGGAAUUCCCCCUCAAAGGAAGUGUACCCUACAAUGUCCGAAGCUCUAGCAGGAAAAAAGUAUCAUGUGAUAUAAUUCGAUUAAGCAAUACUGGCAGCAUCGCAUCUGACACUCCUUCUCCAGCUAAUUCGAAAAAUUUAUCUCCCAAGAAAAAGGGGAAAAGGAAAUAUAGCGGAAGCUUCAGCGAGAUGAGCAUAGAAAAAAAAUAUGCACAAGGAGAUGCAGAUGACGAACUAAAAAAAAAAAAAAAAAGGAAUAAAUAG